AUGGGGAAACGAGACACAAGGCACCCCAAGCAGUUAGUUGUACAAGGGCCAACACCGACCGUCCGCAUCGGCACCAGGAAACAGCGAGCCCAGGCCACCGCCAAAAAGUGCGCCGAGUAUCCGCAACCCGCUUGGCUACGCCUGAAUCAGCCUCAUUCCUUUCCCAACUGA